GUUCAUAUCACAAACCUGAUUGUAUAACCUGAUUAGUAGCUUUUGGGAUUGCAUCACAUGAUGAUUUCGUAAAUAAAGAGACAGUGAAAAGAUUUUGCAAUGAUAAAAUCAUAAACAAUACUGAUUGAUAUUGAGCGAUUAUGCUUUUUUUUUUUUAUCGUACAUGAACUGUUAACGAUAUGAGGAUAAGAUAAAUUAAUAAUUUUAUCUUACUUUAAUAUUUUUAUCUAAUAUUUAAAAUAAACAAAAUUAUUUGCUAUCAUAUAAUAAUAUAUAAAUGUGUUAUGUUUGUAUUGUGUAUUCUCGGUGCAUCAUAUGAUAGCCCCCCAGAAAUAAAGGACUUGAUCGUGCAUAAAAAUAAGUAUAAGUUUGCAUACUAGUCGUAAAGGAAGUGUGCCCAUUUUUAUUACAUAAUUUUAGCUGAAUAGCAACGAGGAAACUUUUUUUUCGUUUCAAGAAUGGAUUACGAAAAAGUGAAGUUCGAUGAUUUCCCGCCUGGGCCAUUAGAUGAAUACCGUUGUAAAGCUACAUUUGAUUGGAAAGAAAUGAAAUUUAUUUUAGAAGGAGAAGAUGUUGCCAAAUAUCAGCUUUACAUAUGGAAAAGUUUAGAGGCUGAGCCUAUAUUUCAUCGUACAAUGACAGAUGAAUAUAAAUGGCAAGAGGAUCAUCACAUAACAUAUCGAAGAAUGAAACGUAUUUGUGAAAUUAAUUUUCUACCACCAGAAUUAUUAGCAGAAAAACUUCACUUUUCACCUGCUUGCCACAAUGCACUAGCUAUGUAUGAUUUGGCACUUUACAUUAAAAAAUCUCUCGCUGUAGAAUAUCCUACGUAUGUUAUGAGAAGUAAUGGAACUGCACAGCACAUGAAGCUUUUUGAACCCUUAAAUAAAAUGGAAUAUACUGGUUGUUUCGCUCUGACUGAAAUAAGCCAUGGUACGAAUACGAGAGCAAUGAGAACAGAAGCAAGAUUUGAUCGAAAAACACAGGAAUUCGUUUUGCACUCUCCUGAUUUUGAGGCAAGUAAAUGUUGGUGUGGAAAUUUAGGGCAGCUAGCAACACAUGCAGUUGUCUUUGCUCAACUAUUCACUCCAGAUGGGAAAUGUCAUGGCUUGCAUAAUUUUAUAGUUCCCAUCCGUGAUCCCAAAACUCUAUUACCAUAUUCAGGUAUCACAGUUGGAGAUCUUGGACCAAAAAUAGGCUUAAAUGGACUUGAUAAUGGUUUUAUAAUGUUCAACCAGUAUCGCAUACCUAGAGAGUGCCUUCUUAAUAAAAAUGGUGAUGUGGAUCCUGAUGGGAAAUAUAUUUCUACUAAAAACCAAAUGGAGCGAUUUGGUGACUCAAUGGGAGCAUUGAGUAUGGGGCGUGUUGGAAUUAUAAUGCUUUGUGUUAAUUUUUUGAAGAUGAGUGUUCCUAUAGCCAUUCGCUAUUCAGCCGUGAGGCGACAAUUUGGACCAACACCAAAUGAUGAAGUGCCAGUCUUAGAGUAUCAAGUUCAGCAAUGGAGACUCCUACCUUAUGUUGCUGCUACAUAUGUUUGUUAUCACUUUGCGAGGGAUUUUUAUCAAGAUUUUAUUGAUUAUUUUGUGGAGUCUCUGUUUGGACGUAGUACUGCAGAGAUGGCUGACAAAAAAGUUUAUAUACAUGCUUUAAGUUGUUGUGGCAAAGCUGUUGCUGGUUGGCUUGCAAGAGAUGCUAUACAAGAAUGUAGAGAAGCAUGUGGUGGGCAUGGUUAUCUUAAAGCUGCUGGAUUUGGAAGGCUUCGGGACAACAAUGAUGCAAAUUGCACAUAUGAAGGUGAUAACAAUGUCAUUCUGCAGCAAACAAGCAACUAUCUUUUAAAUUUAUUAAAGAAGAGCAAUGCAGGAGAAAGCCUGCCAACUUGUUUAAAAGAUAUUGCAUUUUUAAAUAACAUGCAACAAAUAUUAAAAAGAAAGUAUUCCCCCUCAUCUCCAUCUGCAGCUAUAGAAUUAUCAGAAAUAAUAGAGAUGUACGAAUGGCUAGUAUGCCAUUUGCUUCGUAAAAGUAGCGUUAAAUACCAAUCAGAGUUUGAAAACAGCAAAAAUGCUUUUACAGCUCGUUGCAAUUCUCAAGUUUAUCAUGCUCAUACAUUGGCCAUUGCAUAUUUUCAGUUGGUAGCUUUGAAAAGAUUCUCUACUCUUAUUGAUAAUCAAACAAAUGCCUCAAUAAAAGCAGUACUAAUGAGAAUGGGCAAACUGUAUGGUUUGUGGACUGUUGAUAAAUAUCUAGGAUUGCUUUAUGCAGGUGGUUACAUUUCUGGAAACUUAGCAGAUUCAGUUAUAAAAGAAAAUAUAAUAAACCUAUGUGGGGAGUUAAAAGAUGAAGCUGUUACGCUGGUUGAUGUCAUUGCACCUCCUGAUUUUAUUCUGAAUUCUGCUCUAGGAAAGUCAGAUGGUCAAGUAUAUAAAAAUUUGCAAGAUGUGAUCAUGAAUACUCAUGGAACAAUGGAAAGACCAUAUUGGUGGAAAGAAGUUGUUGAAAGUGAUACACCAAAAUUAAAAGCAAAUCUUUAAUCACUUCUGAUAACAUUGUUUUAUUUUAACUAUUGUUUUAUGCAUUAGUAUUUUGAACUAUGAUAUUGAUUUUUUCAGUUACAUUUAAAUAGAUUUUCAAAGAUCAGCAACUGAACAGAUUAUGUUCGCUUUCCAAUAAUUAUUUGUAUAUAUCUUAUGGUAAAUAUAUAUAUUUUUAAAUUUUUAUUAAAGUUUUGUAUAAUUUAUGUUUACAUAAUAUAUUUGUGAGACUGUAAUUUAUAUUAUAUAUAAAGAUAAUAAAAUCAAAUGAAAAUUUGUUAAUUUGCUAGUGUACUCAUUUAAAUAGUUACAAAUAAACAGCUUUGAAAUACA